AUGGUGAGAACCGCCCGCUGCGUCAGCGGUGCCGUGAAGAAACUGAUGUCGCCUGAGGAAGACGACGAGGAGGCGGAGUACGAUCGGGCUGACGACAUGGUAACCGAGGCCUGGCUAGGGCGCCGGCCACUGCGCCAUCGUGGCCACGACCCCCACGUAGGAGCCCUUCCAGAAGCUUUCGAAGAACUAUGUACGAUGCUCUGUGAA